GCACGUUACAUUUACGCACAGGUUUUUCUGAUUCGGUUGUAAAUACGAAUGACAGAGGCGUUGAUAUUGAUGACAUCGCGCAGUUAAUACUAAAACCCGACUCGACUUUGUCGCUCAGGCUGAUGGGACCACGUUGAUGUCAUUCCACGUACCACUCAGCUUCUUGCCAGCCCAGAGAGGAAGACUGCCUUGUUCCACAGGUAGCUUGUGGCCAAUGCCACAGGCUCUACCUGCGAAGGAAAGUGGCCCACCAGCGGGACAAAAGAUCUUACACGUUAGCUGCAACCAAUAUCAGUUGACCUGCGCCUUGAAUUGCUGUGCAUCUGUUUGCAUGAAAAGUGGUCAUGUCAGACUUAAAUAAAGAGGUCGUGGAUUUAGUGUGGGGGAGACCAACAAGUGGAGCAGUUUCAGCCUCCAUAUUUCGCAGAUGGACACAAGGGUUUGUGUUCAGUGACAGUGAGCACACGGCACUGGAGCAGUUUGAAGGAGGGCCAUGUGCAGUAAUUGUACCUGUACAGGCUUUCCUCCUGAAGACUCUUCUCUUUAACCGAGAGACUUCAAACUGGAGACAUGUGACAGAAGAAGAGCAAAAAACGCUCCUGUGUUCUGCACUAAGUGAGAUUCUAGAAUCUGCCUGCUCCAACACCUCCACAGGAUUCUGCCUUGUGUCAUGGGCCAAGGGACAAGGCCCACAUAUUCUCACACAUACAAAAGCACAGAACCUGUCAGAAACGCAGGAUAUGCCAGUGCCAGAGAGCAGCCAACCACUGGAGGGGCAGCAGCAACCCACUGCUUUGGCUGUUGAAGACCUUGGCUUUGAGCGAUUUCACAGUGUUCUUCAGAAAAGAGUGUUGAUGUCUGUGUCAGAUCUCCAAACUGAGGUGCUAUCCCUCUUUCACACCUGGGAGGGGUGCUGUGGAGUUUUACUUUUCCUCUACUCUGUCAUCCUCACCAAGGGCAUUGAGAACAUAAAAAAUGAGAUCCAGGACACAAUGGAGCCUCUUAUAGAUCCAGUGCACGGCCAUGGCUGUCAAAGUCUGGUGAAUCUUCUUGUAACUGGCCAUGCAGUUGCCAAUGUCUGGGAUGGAGAUCGAGAGUGUUCUGGAAUGAAGCUGCACGGAAUUCAUAAACAGGCAUCAGUUGGCUUCCUCACACUCAUGGAGUCACUUCGCUACUGCAAGGUGGGGACAUACAUGAAGUCGCCCAAGUUCCCUAUUUGGAUCAUUGGAAGUGAAACACACCUCUCUGUUUUUUUCACAAAGGAGAUGUCCCUGGUCGGACCAGAGUGUCCAUCAGAGCUGGCAAGGAGAGUCUUCCAGUCAUUUGAUCCUGAAGAUAACGGCUUCAUCCCAGACUGUCUGCUACAGGAAGUGAUGAAAGCCCUUGACCUUGUCUCAGAGCCAGAGUAUGUCAGUCUGGUCAAGAACAAGUUGGAUCCAGAGAAUUUGGGCAUAAUUCUCUUGGCCCCAUUCCUCUUGGAAUUCUUUCCUGAUCAGGAUUCAGGAAUCCCGGACUCAUUUACCGUGUAUCACUAUAAUGGGCUCAAACAGUCUAACCACAAUGAGAGGGUGGAGUAUGCGGAAGGGACCGCUUUGGUGCUAGGAUUUGAAGACCCCAUGGUACGGACCGAUGACACUCCAGUCAAGCGCUGCCUACAGACCAAGUGGCCCUAUAUUGAGCUGCUGUGGACCACAGAGCGUUCACCAUCACUCAACUAGUCUUGUCUGUACGUGAAACGUACCACUACUGCCUCCAUCUCCCACACACAAACACCUGCACACACUGCUGUGCUCCAGGGAGAUGAAGACCAGUACCACAACCAUUUAAACACACAUACAUGCAGAAUAUAUACACAAUAUUAAUGAAUGAGAACUGCACACAAAAGACUGCAACAAACACACUAUAUGCCUGAGAUUAAUUCUUUCAGUCGAGAUUCAACUCACCUUUAAAUGUUAUUGUUUUUGUCCAGCACGGCUUGCCAUUUGCUACACAGAAUGUUUGUCAUGUUCAACUGUAGUGUGUCACACAAAGACACAUGCCACAGUGCAUAUAGAGUUGUUAUAAAAACUCAACGACUGUUUAAAGGACUGAAAACAAGGAAUGACCAAAGCCUUCCACAUGAGAACACAGACUUUCAUUCUCAAAACGUUUACAAGUAUAGGACCAACAUAUUCACUCGUUGAACUGUGGAGGUUGAUUCAAUGUUUUCAAGAAUAUGUAAGACUGCACACUGAUAAUGUACCUCAUGCACCACAUUGAGAAGUUGGUCAGGCGUUCAUGUAUUUAUUAACACACUCACAGUUCGGAUUAUGGAAUAAACACUUUUUUGACAAGCUCCUCCAUUGUAUUAAUAUGAAGUCUUCUUUGUUCAACAUCAUGAAACAUAAGGUUUCCAGGUCCGUCUGCAUCCCUG